UAGGCUUCUACUUGUUUAUUAAUGUUUUCCUGUGUUUCCCUACGGGAGUUCUUCACGUCUUUCUUGAAGUCCUCCAGCAUCAUGAUCAAAUAUGAUUUUGAAACUAGAUCUUGCUUUUCUGGUGUGUUUGGAUAUUCCAUGUUUGUUUUGGUGGGAGAAUUGGGCUCCGAUGAUGGCAUGUAGUCUUGGUUUCUGUUGCUUGCGUUCCUGCGCUUGCCUCUCGCCAUCAGAUUAUCUCUAGUGUUACUUUGUUCUGCUAUUUCUGACAGUGGCUAGACUGUCCUAUAAGCCUGUGUGUCAGGAGUGCUGUAGACCUGUUUUCCUCUCUUUCAGUCAGUUAUGGGGACAGAGUGUUCUGCUUUCGGGCGUGUAGUUUUUCCUCUCUACAGGUCUUCUGCUGUUCCUGUGGGCCUGUGUCUUGAGUUCACCAGGCAGCUUUCUUGCAGCAGAAAAGUUGGUCUUACCUGUGGUCCCGAGGCUCAAGUUCGCUCGUGGGGUGCUGCCCACAGGCUCUCUGCAGCGGCAGCAACCAGGAAGAUAUGUGCCGCCCCUUCCGGGAGCUUCAGUGCACCAGGGUUCCAGAUGGCCUUUGGUGUUUUCCUCUGCCGCCCGAGAUGUGUGUGCAGAGAGCAGUCUCUUCUGGUUUCCCAGGCUUGUCUGCCUCUCUGAAGGUUUAGCUCUCCCUCCCACGGUAUUUGGGUGCAGAGAACUGUUUAUCCGGUCUGUUUCCUUCAGGUUCCGGCGGUGUCUCAGGCACUGGUCCUGCCGCUUUUGGGCCCUCCCCCACGGGAGCCCAGAGGCCUUAUACAGUUUCCUCUUGGGCCAGGGAUGUGGGCAGGGGUGGGCAGUGUUGGUGGUCUCUUCGGCUCUGCAGCCUCAGGAGUGCCCACCUGACCAGGCGGUUGGGUCUCUCUCUCACGGGGUCUGGGAGCAGAGAGCUACUGCAGGCCGGGAUCCGCGGGUGUGGGACUUCCGGUAAACACAGGACGUGCCCGGUCCUAGAGGAAUUCUGCCUCCGUGUGUCCCGAGCUCACCAGGCAGCUUUCUUGCAGCAGAAAAUUUGGUCUUACCUGUGGUCCCGAGGCUCAAGUUUGCUCGUGGGGUGCUGCCCACGGGCUCUCUGCAGCGGCAGCAACCAGGAAGAUAUGCGCCGCCUCUUCCCUCUGCCUUCCUUUCUUUAAUCCUCACUUCCCCUUAGGAACUGAUAGACUCCUGUCACCAGUGGGUUCCGACAGUCUGCAUUCUGGGUUUUGUAACAUGCACUUCUGCUGACCAAGGACUUUGUGUCUAGAACCAUCUUAUCAUGUGCUAAUACUCUUUAUAUUAAUUUAUUUUAUAAUUUAUAUUUAUUUAUUUUAAUACUUUGUCUUGAUUUAUUUCUUUCACUAGCAUAAUUGUGAUCGUCUCACCUUCACUGUAGUCCAUAUUCAUGGCAUUUAAAAAAUGAUUCCUUCUUUCUCGGUAUUUUGUAUCUUUAGAUAUGAAGUAAAGCUUUUGUAGAAAAAUAAGGGUUUUUUUUAAGAUUUAUUUUAUUUAUAUGAGUACACUGUAGCUGUCUUCAGACACACAGAAGAGGGCAUCGGAUCCCAUUUCAGAUGGUUAUGAGCCACCAUGUGCUUGCUGGGAAUCGAACUCAGGACCUCAGGAAGAGCAGACAGUGCUCUUAACCACUGAGCCAUCUCUCCAGCUCCAAAAAAUAAGUUUUAACCUCAGCUGUCGUUUUUCUUGUUCCGAAUGCUGUAAUCUGUUUACAUGCUUAGCAUAGGUAAAAUUAUCUAUUUACAUUUCAAGAAAUUCCUGAAAGAAAACAUCUAUUGUUUAGGAAUUUGAGUGUCGACAGUGUCUAGGAAGACACUGUAUAUUAAACUUACAUUAUCUUAUGACCUACACUGUAGAACUCUAAUAAGUGCACCUUCAUCCUUCCAGCACCUGCUGAGCGUGGUCUGUUAAAUCCAUGUGCUUCUUUAUUGAUUAUAUAGUUGUAUAAGGCUUUUUUGGUGGCUGGAUAUUAGUAUGAUUCUUGAUGACUUUCUAGACAAAGUUACAGUUAUUUUACCCUAUUUCUUAUAUGUUUAUGUCUUGCCUUUUUCCACAAUACAGUUUUUCAAUUUUCUCCUUCAAGUCAUUUUUUCCCCUGGUAUUUCCCCGUUUAUUAUUCCUCGAUAUCCCAAAAAAGUUGCUCCUUCCUUCCUUAAAGUUACUCCAGGUUGUGAACUCAGACCUGACAAUUUGGAAAGGAACUUCCUAUGAACGAGAACAUGCAAUGCCUGUCUUUCUGAGUCUGAGUCACUCUAUUUAGAAUCAUUUUCUAGUUCUAUCUAUUUACCUGCAAACGUCUUGAUUUCGAUUUUCUUUACAUCUCCUAGUGAAUACUUACCUCAUUUUCAGUUUCCAUUCCUCAGAUAUUUAGGUCGUUUCCAUUCUGUAGCUGUUGUGAAUAUAGCACCAAUGAACAUGAGUUAGCAUGUAUCUCUGUAACAGGAUUUGAGUGUUUGUAACAUAUAGGAAGGAAUAGAAUUGCUGUGUCAUAUGCUACACUUAUUUAACAUGAGGAUUUGCUUAUUUAAUUGAGGAUUCUCCAUAUGGAAAUCCACAGUGGACACAUUUUAUGCCCAUGGGGUUUUUAUUUCCAGUGCUUUUGUUUUUUAAUGUUGCUGCUGUUUGGAAUGUUGGUAGUAUUCUUAUUCCUCCUCCGUGUUAGUGCUUUGCUAUCCUGCCUAUAAAUGAGUACUUCUAAGUUUUCUUGUAGUUGUCUAUUCUUCACAUGCAAUGUAUUAUUUCUUAUGGAUAGUUCUUCUCUUGAACCUGUGUAAAAUUUGCAUCUGAUUUAUUAUGUACUGUGCUGCUUUACAGAAAUGAAUUUUGUUAAUCUGUCACAGAUUAUGACUCCAUCAAUUUAAAGAAACUAUUUUUCUGAUUGCAACAAUAUGGUUGAUGUUGAUUUUCUCUCUAAGUUUUCAAUGUCUUUUCAUGCUCUCCUGGCUUUGGGAUUGCUGAUUGACCACCAGGGCCACAGGUGGCUAUUCAUUGUACCUUAAAGAGAAAUUCAAAGGAGAGAAACAGAAAGAAAUGGAUGAUUCUCCAGUAAACAUGUCCCAGUGUCUGUUGACAUUCAGGGAUGUGGCUGUGGACUUCCCUCAGGAGGAGUGGGAAUGCCUGGACUCUACUCAGAGGGCUUUGUACAUUGAUGUGAUGUUGGAGAAUUACAGAAACCUGGUCUCUGUUGAGAACUACUGCAUAUGUGAUGCUACCUAUCAGCAUGUGAAGACUGACAAGGAGUCUCAUCAUUUUAAUGAAUUUGGCGAAAUGCUUCCUGAACCUUCCCACAGUGCACUUUAUAAAACAAGUGACGCUACAGAAACCUCUAAUAACUACACAUGCUGUAAGGAAAGGGAUGCCUCUGUUUGCUUGUCAAAUCGAGAUAGUCAUAAAAGCGCUCCCACUGGAGAAGAACCUUGUGAAUCUAAAGACUAUGAGAAAUCUCUAACUUUGUGUUCCGUCAUUAGUCAGGAUCAGAGACUCUACACUGCGAAGAAAGAGCAGAGACAGGAAGUAUAUGAUGACUAUUUCAGCUCUGCUUACAGUCUCAUGCAACAAACAGUCUACAUUAAAGAGAAACCACACCAGUGUGGCAAAUGUGGGAAAUGCUUCAGUACCUCCUCAAGCCUCACUGUCCAUCAGAGAAUUCAUACCAGAGAGAAACCCUACAAGUGCAAUAUUUGUGAUAAAUCCUUUACCCAGUGCACGCAUCUGAAAAUACAUCAAAGACGUCAUACUGGGGAGAAACCUUACAAAUGUAAAGAAUGUGAAAAGUCAUUUGUUCAGUUGUCAGCACUUAAAAGUCAUCAGAAAUUGCAUACUGGAGAGAAGCCUUACAAAUGUAAGGAGUGUGACAAAUCCUUUGCCCACUAUCCCAAUUUCAGGACACAUCAGAAAAUCCAUACUUCUGAGGAACAUUGUAGUUGUCCAGAAUGUGGCAGGGAAUUUCAUCAGCUUUCACACUUUAGAAAACAUUACAGACUCCAUACUGGAGAGAAGCCUUACAAGUGCAAUGAGUGUGGCAGAUCCUUUACCCACUAUGCAUCAUUAAGGUGGCAUCAGAAAACUCAUUCUCCAGAGAUGCAUCAUGAAUGCAAAGAAUGUGGUAAGGCCUUUAUUGAAUUAUCACAUCUUAAAAGGCAUUAUAGAAUCCAUACUGGUGAAAAGCCUUACAAAUGUGAGAUAUGUGACAAAUCCUUUACUACAACCACAACUCUUAAAACACAUCAGAAAAUUCACACUGGAGAGAAACCUUAUAAAUGUAGGGAGUGUGACAAAUCAUUUAUUCAUAGUUCACAUCUUCGAAGACAUCAGAGUAUUCAUACUGGAGAGAGACCUUACAAAUGUAAGGAAUGUGACAAAUCUUUCCGUGAGAACUCCACUCUUAGAGAACAUGAGAAAAGUCAUACUGAAGAGAAAACUUACAAAUGUAGAGAAUGUGACAAAUCCUUUACUCAGCGUGCAUAUCUUAGAAACCAUCAUAACAGAGUUCACACUGGAGAGAGACCUUAUGAAUGUAAAGAAUGUGGAAAAUCUUUUAUUACCUGCUCAACUCUUAAAAUACAUCAGACAAUUCAUACUGGAAAGAAACCCUACAAAUGUAUGGAAUGUGAGAAAUCCUUUACCCAUAAUUCAUAUCUUAGAACACAUCAGAAAGUUCACACUGGAGAGAGACCUUACAAGUGUAAGGAAUGUGACAAAUCUUUUACUAGCUGUUCAACUCUAAAAGCACAUCAGAAUAUUCAUAGUGGAGAGAAACCUUACAAAUGUAUAGAAUGUGACAAAUCCUUUACUCAGGCCUCACAUCUUAGAACACAUCAGAGAGUUCAUACCGGCGAGAGACCUUACAGAUGUAUAGAAUGUGAUAAAUCUUUUACUAGGUAUUCUCACCUUAGAGAACAUCAGAAAAUUCAUAGCGGAGAGAAACCUUACAAAUGCAGAGACUGUGACAUAUCGUUUAACCAGAUUUCAAAUCUCAGAAGACAUCAGAAACUUCAUACUGGAGAGAAACCUUACAAAUGUAUGAAAUGUGACAAGUCCUUUACUCAUAACUCAAAUUUUAGAACACAUCAAAGAACUCAUACUGGAGAGAAACCUUAUAGAUGUACAAAGUGUGACAAAUCUUUUACUAGGUGCUCCUACCUUAGAGCACAUCAGAAAAUUCAUACUGGAGACAAACCUUACAAAUGUAUGGAAUAUGACGACUCCUAUGCCCAAGACUCACAUGUUAAAAGACAUCAGAGAGUUCAUACUGGAGAGUAACAUACCAUUGUAAAUAAUGUAACAUAGCAUUUAUCCAGUAUUUUCUCUACUUACAAAUUCUAACUAUAUUCAUAAAAGAAAAUUAAGAAUAAGCAACAUGGGAAAACCAUUAAUGAACUUUUAUAUUUUUUAAAAUAAUGCUAAAAUAAAAAUUUGCCUAUUGUGUCAAAA